ACAUUGCCUUUCUGCCUCCCCGUUGUUUCCCUCUUUAAAUUCUCAAGUAUUGCUCCACUUUUUUAUCUGAUUCGUAACAGCAUUUGUCUAUGGUUUAAUUGAAUUAAUUACACUUUGUGCUGUACCUGUCAAUUAAGGUACAGUUUCUGUUUUCGUAUCAAUUUUUUGGGGAUUUUGGGUCUGGUUUAGAGAAACGGUUAUGGAUCGAGAAGGAGGAUCCGCUGGAUCUUGUUACUAUUCAGUUCUCGGGAUUCGUAAGGAUGCCUCCUGCUCCGACAUUCGCUCAGCUUAUCGCAAGCUAGCUAUGAAAUGGCACCCGGAUAGGUGGGCGAAGAAUCCGUCGGUGGCUGGAGAAGCUAAACGCCGCUUUCAGAAAAUCCAAGAGGCCUACUCAGUUCUCUCCGAUGAAGGCAAGAGGUCAAUGUACGACGCCGGUUUCCUUGAUCUGCUUGAGGAAGAUGAAGGGAUGGGUGAUUUCCUGCACGAUUUGAUGAACAGAAUGGAUCAAAAUGUUGGGGCGGCGGAGGAGAGUCUAGAGGAUCUACAGAGAACGUUUGUGGAAAUGUUCGGUGGAGAUUUUGCAAGGAUGAUGGAUGAUGAAAAUCCAACAGCUAAGAAGAGGGCACGUGAUGUAGGAUGCAGCACAAGUGCUGCUCCAAAACGCAAUUCCGCUGAUUUCAAUGCCAAUAGCACCUCUUAUAACUGUCAAUUUUAAGCUAAAUAUAGUGAAGGUGGUCCCUGCCCACCCAGCCCCUCUUUGAAUUACCUGUAACAACCCUUUGAUGUUGAUUUUGUGGGCUGGAUUAGAUGAAUCAUGGAGGAAUUAACUUGUUUAUUUGGGGGUAGAUUAGGUAAGUCAAAAGAACUUUUUUAGACACUUUUGAUUUCUAAGGAAGUUGUUCGAAAAAGUUGUUGAAAGGUGGGGGAUGUCGAGUUGCGUAAUAAAGCUUUUCUUUGCUGAA